ACGGCGCGUCAUGUGAUCGGUGGGCGUGGCCUGUUGAAAAGGGCCGGAGGUGCGCAGUUUGUUUUGGUAUUUUGGUAGAAAUUUUUCAUCAUUAUCUCCGCAGAAGGAUGGAGCCUAAGCCCGAAAACAGCAAGCUGAUUUUUGAGAAGGAAGGAGUUUACUUCCACACCAAUGCCAAGAGGAGUAACGAGGAGACCUCCAUCCCCGGAUUCAUCCGCAUCGUGGAGAGGGAUGGAGAGCCAGCGUUGGAGUGGAGUCCUGUUCAGGAUGAGCGUGAGAAUGCACCAGCGGUCUUUUAUGCCAAAAAGGACGGUGAAGGAGGAGAAGAGGAGACCAAGUUCGACCCCGGGUACGAGCCGGACUGGGCCGUCAUCAGCACAGUGAAGCAGAACAGAGAGAAAAAACCGCUCCCCAUCAGAGAGACAGGUCAUUGGGGUUCGUUCUCCCUGCCCCUGUCGGAGCUGUACUCCCUGCGUCGUGCUCGGUUCUCUCUGGGCAGGAACUUUGUGGUGUUGACGAGUCGAGGAGGCGACCCUCUGCCCCCGCUGCACUUCCACAGGGGCGGAACACAGGAACUGCUCCGAGCCAUGCAGAGAUACAUCCGACUCGCACCGUCUCCGGUGGACGGUCGGUUGUUCCUGGCGUACCCUCAUGACUCCGGUGCCCUCUCUCACUCAUUCGACGAGCUGCAGAUGUUUGAUGACACAAGCUCAGAUCUCGUAUCUAGGUUCAUCCAGGACCCGUACGCGACCACGUUCGGUGGCUUCUCCAAGGUGACGAACUUCUUCAGAGGAGCGCUGAGACCUCCAGAGUCGCCUCUGCAUUCCCAGGGAGACUCGCACGUACCUCGCUUAUCCGACGACGAGCCGGGAUUCGAGCACAUAACCUGCCAAGGGGCGGAGCUUGGCCCCCGGCCCAAGGUGAUCAGAGGGCCGCCUCUGGACGACUGGGAGCAGUUUCUGGACUCGGAGGGCCGCGUCACCAAUCCUCAGAAAGUCAAGGAGCUGGUGUUCAGAGGGGGUAUCGUUCCUUCUCUGAGGAAGGAGGUGUGGAAAUUCCUUCUGGGAUUUUACCCCUGGAACAGCACAGCCCAGGAGAGGGAGGGCAUCGUCCGGACGAAAACAGACGAGUAUUUCAGGAUGAAGGUCCAGUGGAAGUCGAUCAGCGAAGAGCAAGAGAUGCGAAACUCCCUCCUCCGUGGAUACCGCAGCCUGAUUGAGCGGGACGUGAAUCGGACGGACAGACAGAAUCCGUUCUUCUCAGGGAACGAGAACCCAGGCCUCACGCUGCUGAACGACGUCCUUAUGACCCACUGCAUGUAUGACUUCGACCUGGGUUAUGUUCAGGGUAUGAGUGAUCUCCUGGCGCCGCUCCUCUUCGUCACUCAGAACGAAGUGGAGUCUUUCUGGUGUUUAACGGGAUUUAUGGAGCUACUGCAUCAGAACUUUGAGGAAUCUCAGGAGGCGAUGAAACAGCAACUGCUCCAACUCAGCCUUCUGCUCCGAGCGCUCGAUCCUGAGCUGUGUGACUACCUGGACUCUCAGGACAGCGGCUCUCUGUGUUUCUGCUUCCGCUGGCUGCUCAUCUGGUAUAAGAGAGAGUUCUCCUUCGAGGAUAUCCUGCACCUCUGGGAGGUUCUGUGGACUUGUCUGCCUUGCGCUAACUUCCACCUGCUCAUGGCCUGCGCCAUUCUGGAGUCCCAGCGGGGGGAGCUGAUCGGCUCCAACCACGACUUUAACACCAUCCUCAAGCACAUCAAUGAGCUGACCAUGAAGCUGGAUCUGCAGACGGUGCUGCGGGAGGCUGAGGGGAUUUAUCUACAGCUGGUCCAGUGCAAGGAAUUGCCGAUGAAGGUCCGGGAGGUUUUGGGAAUGCGCGUCACCUCCAGCUCGGACGACGAGAGUUCCGAGUCAGAGCCCAGAGAGACAGACAGACUGUUCAGCCAAUCAGCUGCAGGGGGCGUGGCUGUUUGUCAUUCAAGUAACUUGAAAGCCCCACAUCGCCCGCCUCCUACUUACCCAUAAUCCCCCUAAUAUACGUUUCUGCUGAGGAAUUCUAAACGCUAUAUGACACGUAACUACAUGACGUAACUGUUCAUAGCCGAGUUAUUAAUACUAAUGAACUGUUCAUAACCGAGUUCUUAAUGAUAAUGAACUUUCAUACGAGCCUGAGAGAACUCUUUACUUUCAAUCACUGUACUGCACAGGAAGGGAAAACCAGAGAUUACAGAGUACAGCGGGGUUUUAAGUGUGUGAGUGUGAGUGAGAGAGAGAGAUUAAUGAAUUAUUAAUUACUGUUAAUUCUGUGUUUGGGGUAAAACAGGAAACUGGUGUUUAAUAAAUCACUAAUUCUUAUUUUUAAACUAACACCACCUGCUUCUGAUAAAGCUCCGCCCACAUUUAAUAAAGCCACCACACCCUUUUAUAACGAUCCCCCAAUCCUAAUAAACUCUGCCCAUUCCUUAAAAUGCCCAUCCACUCAUAAUUCCUGCUCACCUCUAAUGAAGCCCCACCCACCUCUAAUAAAACCUCUAAUAAAGCCCCACCCACCUCUAAUAAAAACUUUAACAAAGCCCCACCCACCUCUAAUAAAACCUCUAAUAAAGCCCCACCCACCUCUAAUAAAAACUUUAACAAAGCCCCACCCACCUCUAAUAAAACCUCUAAUAAAGCCCCACCCACCUCUAAUAAAACCUCUAAUAAAGCCCCACCCACCUCUAAUAAAACCUCUAAUAAAGCCCCACCCACCUCUAAUAAAACCUCUAAUGAAGCCCCACCCACCUCUAAUAAAACCUCUAAUGAAGCCCCACCCACCUCUAAUAAAACCUCUAAUAUAUCCCCACCCACCUCUAAUAAAACCUCUAAUAAAGCACCACCCACCUCUAAUAAAAUCUCUAAUAAAGCACCACCCACCUCUAAUAAAACCUCUAAUAUAGCCCCACCCACCUCUAAUAAAACCUCUAAUAAAGCCCCACCCACCUCUAAUAAAACCUCUAAUAAAGCCCCACCCACCUCUAAUAAAACCUCUAAUAAAGCCCCACCCACCUCUAAUAAAACCUCUAAUAAAGCCCCACCCACCUCUAAUAAAACCUCUAAUAAAGCCCCACCCACCUCUAAUAAAACCUCUAAUAAAGCCCCACCCACCUCUAAUAAAACCUCUAAUAUAUCCCCACCCACCUCUAAUAAAACCUCUAAUAAAGCCCCACCCACCUCUAAUAAAACCUCUAAUAUAGCCCCACCCACCUCUAAUAAAACCUCUAAUAAAGCCCCACCCACCUCUAAUAAAACCUCUAAUAAAGCCCCACCCACCUUUAAUAAAACCUCUAAUAAAGCCCCACCCACCUCUAAUAAAACCUCUAAUAAAGCCCCACCCACCUCUAAUAAAACCUCUAAUAUAGCCCCACCCACCUCUAAUAAAACCUCUAAUAAAGCCCCACCCACCUCUAAUAAAACCUCUAAUAAAGCCCCACCCACCUUUAAUAAAACCUCUAAUAAAGCCCUGCCCCAUCCUCCUCUAAUAAAGCCCCACCCACCUCUAAUAAAACCUCUAAGAAAGCCCCACCCACCUCUAAUAAAACCUCUAAUAAAGCCCCACCCACCGCUAAUAAAACCUCUAAUAAAGCCCCGCCUACUCAUAAUAAAAGCCCGCCCCCCCUAAUAAACUUCUGCCCACUCCUAAUAAUGCCCUGCCCAUCUCGAACCGAUAAAGAAAUUUCUCGGAAAUGGAAAGUCAGACAUCUUGUUUUACAGACCGGAAAUGAUCACGCGGUGCCGAGGGGCUUCACGAGCUUUCUGUAUCAUUCGCUUUAUUUCACUGCUUUCUUUCUUUCUUUUUCUAUCUCUCUUUUUUUUGCUUUAUUCUUUCCGUUGUUCUUUCUUUCUCUUCUCCUUGCAUUUUUUUUUUUUUUUUUUUUUUUUUUAAUUUCCAUUCAUCUUUUGCUUUCUUGUCCUCCUUCCCUUUCGCUUUAUUCCUCAUUUAUUCUUUUCUUCCUUUCUUUCUAAAAUGUUGGACAAAUCACAGUUUGAAAAAUGGUUCUGUUGUAAAGGGCAGCGGUUAUUAGAGAGCGUACGAGUGUGUGUGUGUGUGUGUGUGUGUGUGUGUGUGUGUGUGUGUGUGUAGGUGCUUUACUGUAAUUCCCUGAAGGUUGCUGGUGGUGAUGGAGUCAUUAUUAGUAUUCUAUAAAACCCCUGAUGAUUUUGCAUUAUUGUUCUUGUUUAUUUUUAGUGUGUGUGUGUGCGUGUGUGUGCGUGUGUGUGCGUGUGUGUGCGUGUGUGUGCGUGCGUGUGUGUGCGUGUGUGUGCGUGUGUGUGCGUGCGUGCGUGUGCGUGCGUGCGUGUGCGUGCGUGCGUGUGUGUGUGCGCUUGUUGUGUUGAAUAGAAGUGUCGGUGUGUGGAUGCAUUUCCGUUCCUGUCUCUCGGACGCGGUGGUGUUUGUGUUGUUGUGUAAAUGGUGUAAACAGCAGCGUUACAGUAAUGACACCGUGACCUCAUGCACGUUUGCAUGGCUCGGAUUCUCACAUUAAAUACGAAUAGAACUAUAAAGAGAGAUAUAUUUUGGUUUGUUUUUAACCACGACUGUGUUCACGUCACAUUUACUCGCUUUGUUCUGAAAUAAAAAUGAAGCUGAUGUGAAUUUCA